CCCGUCUCUGUAGAGUUUACUAUUUGUUUGGGGAAUAGGGGAGAACAUUGGGGAUUCUACGCGUGAACACACGUGUGUUGUCUCCGAAUCGUGUCAAUGGGGAUGGAAAAUAUAUCAAUAGAUAUUUGGUGCAAUAGUAAUGAACGCUAGCACCUAUGCUUAGAACAGAUUUUUUGUGUGUCCUAGUUAGUGAAGUCGGAGGUAUUGAGUACUUCAGUGGCUUCAUGUUUGUGGGGACUACUUUCAAGUCGUGUGUCGUCAACAAUAGUCCCCGGAGUCUAGUGUUUUGAGAGAGAUGUGGACUUCCAAGUUGUUGCUACAUUCUGUAAUUGUGUUCAGUAUUCAGGUGGUCAAUAUAUUAAUGGUAGUCUUUGAAAUAGGACAUAACCCUUGAACUUCAAUUAUUGGGGGGGGGGGGGGGGGGGGUUGGAUUAAAUUUUUACUUCGACAGAUUUAGACUUAAUUUUUUUUCCCCACGGGGGAAUCAAUUAAAUAUUAAUGUAAUCACAAUAACUUAUAUAAGAAGAAAUAGCUUUAUUUAAUUUAAGGACUUACUAUUUCUAAAGUGCAUGAUUUUUUUUAUAACAAAUAAUGUUUUAUAAUUUCAUUUGUAUAUUUUUUGGUGUGACGCGUGUAGGUAGUGGUGUCGGUGCUGGACAUUUCUAGAGACGCUCCUCAAGGUGGGUCAUGAAAAUAAUAAUCAAUGAUUUUUUGUUUUUGUUUUUUGUAAUGUUAUUAUUUUUCAUACUUUUCUAUGUUCCCUGUUACAAAAAAUAAAAAAAAUAAAAAAAUAAUAAAACGACAGCUGGUAACGUAUCUUUAGUGAUAAAACUGUUUAACGUAGGCUAUACUCGGUAUUCUUUCAUAAAUUUUCGUCAUUUUUUAAAAUGUUGCUUGAUGAUAUGACGGUCAUUUACAACGUGAAUUAUCAUUGACUGCAUCUACCAUUAAGAAAGCAGAUUAAACUAACAACCACUAAUGAUAAAAAAAAACAUACGUUUGGAGGAACUGUCAUUGUUUCUCCACGUUUUCAGAAUGUCUUUACUCAGAACACUCAGAUUCUGAUCAACUUGGCUCUCCCUUGUGUUUGAAUCGAAGAUAUUAACUUUUGAAUAAUGAUUGGACACUAUUCCCUAAACAUUUAUCUUCUUUAUUAAAUGUUGAUUCGAUUCUGAGCAUUGUCUCGUCCUUUAUUUAAAAGUAAUGGCUACUUAAUGUAGAGUUCGUGUUUUUAUGCAGUUUUAGACUUUCUUUUAUUACAUUAAAGGCUUGGAGUUCAAGAUAACUAUUUCAAAGGGCACCGUCUGUAGCAGGUUGCAGUGUUAUGUCAACACACUUCCUGAAGACGCGAGAUCCAUCCUCGCCAUCAAAAUAUAUGACGUCACCGACGGCAAUGUCCUAUUGGCCUCGUUGUCUGGUGCCUCCCUUGAUGCAGGAGAACCGGCGACCUCUCCACCAAUGAAACUGGAGCUUGCUGUAACACAGAGAUCCAAUUGUGACCGAGGGUCGUUCAAGUGCCAGCUGAAUUAUGUGAAAAGUGAUGGAGAAAUAGAUGUGGAAGUGGUAUUCAUCAAAGCAGACAGUUCAUCAGGUGAUCCCAUGAAGGGCUGGACUUUGGCUUUCCGUGGGACGGCAACUAUAAACAAGUCAGUUCACUAUGCUUACACAAACAAACAGGCACGCGACCUGUCCGUUGAGCCAGGCUGUAAACAAGUGAGAAUUCAAAGACUCAAACUUUUAAAAUUAUUCUAAAUUAGUAAACAAUCCCCCAGAACGUUGUUUAAAUUUAAUCAAGGAUCUCAGAGUAUGAAACCAAAUUCAGACUGUAUGUUGUGGGGUUUUUGUUUCGCUUAUUAUAUAUAUAUUUUUUUAUCUCUCUUUUCUAUUCCCCAGGUCACGUCAGCGCUACCUUGUACCAACCAUUACAGAAAUGAUCAAGUUCUUGAUAACUGGGCUAACAUCAACGAAGUGGCUUUUAUUGUUUACAAGAACAACAUCGAGGUCAGACGUGUCGUGUUUGACGGAAAAGGCACGACCAACUUGAACUGGUUCAGCAGAGACAGGAUCAAAACUUCCAGUUGGACGGAUUUAAAAACGGAAUCUGCAAACUACUUCAGCAUCGCUGGGCUUCUUCACAAACAUUUUUCCGGAGUAAACCGUUGGAGUCGGCGAUUUUUUAUGAAUCACGUUUUAAGUUUGUGUACUGGAGACUCGGGCUGGUUCGUAGCUAUUGAUAUAGAAACACGUGCUGGCUGCCCGUGGGAGACCUACCCCGCGUUUCCGGUUUUUAAAUACUCCAGAGGUGACCGAUAUACCAAUUGGAGCAAUGGAGAUUUUGAUGUAGCUGACGUCAUUGCUGUUUUCGUACGUUAGGAAUAAAAACACUUUAAAAAUUAAAGGUUGAGCAAUUUUUUCAAUAAUUGCUUUGUUAACUAUGCUGUCACUGGUUCUGUUUAACUGUCGCUUUGCAUCCAUCUCAAAUGUCUUUCUUCAUCC